GGGGCCCUGAGCUGCGUGCGGCGCGCCCCGGGGAGGACCCGGCGGGCGCCUGCACAUCAGCCGCGCGGCCCCGGAGUGCCUCGGAAAGCCCGGCCGACGCCGGCAAGGCGCGCGUGGGGCUGUGGGGUCUCGGAGCUGGGCGGCAGCAUGGGUGGCGUGGGACGGCAGAGGACCCGGCGCGGGCGGGCGGCCGGCACGGCUGCCCGGCGCGGGCGUCCCGGCGAUGUGUGGCGCUGAAGCGGCAGUGGGAGCGGCGGCGGCGGCGGCGGCGGCGGCGGCGGCGGCGGGCUUAGCUUCGGCUUCGGCUUCGCGGCGGUGCGGGCGGCGGCGGCGGCGGCGGCGGCGGCGCAGGCCCCUCCUCAGGACCUGGCGAGCCCGGGCCUAAGCGGCGGCCCCACAAACCCCCCGCACGGCGCUCCAGGCCGGGCCCCUCCCCGUCUCGCCCUGCCCCGGGAGCCUGCCUCCCCGGCCGGGGAUGAGGCCGGGAAGCGGCUGCGCGGGGCCCAGCACAAAGGCUUGUCCCCAGGGGCCGCCGCCGCCGCCGCCGCCCCCGCCCCCACCAGCCUAGAGCCGCCUGUGGAAGCCGAGCCGGCACCCGGGCCCUCAUCCCCUCCGGUCCCCAGUGGCGGGCACUGCCCGUCUCCCCGAGGCCCGGGGACCCGAGCUCCGAGCCCUUUGCUUCCUCGGCUGCCAGGGGACCGGACAGCCGCGCAGCCUCCGCCGCUCCGGGCUGUGGGAGCCCUGCGGAGCAUGUCGGAGGAUAGCGACAUGGAGAAAGCCAUCAAGGAAACCUCCAUUUUAGAAGAAUAUAGUAUCAACUGGACUCAGAAGCUGGGAGCGGGAAUUAGCGGUCCAGUCAGAGUCUGUGUGAAGAAAUCUACUCAAGAACGGUUUGCACUGAAAAUCCUUCUCGAUCGUCCAAAAGCUAGAAAUGAGGUGCGUCUGCACAUGAUGUGUGCCACACACCCCAAUAUAGUUCAGAUUAUUGAAGUGUUUGCUAACAGUGUACAGUUUCCUCACGAGUCCAGUCCCAGGGCUCGACUAUUAAUUGUAAUGGAGAUGAUGGAAGGGGGCGAGCUAUUUCACAGGAUCAGCCAGCACCGGCACUUUACAGAGAAGCAAGCCAGCCAAGUAACAAAGCAGAUAGCCCUGGCUCUACAGCACUGUCACUUGCUAAACAUUGCGCACAGAGAUCUCAAGCCUGAAAAUCUGCUUUUCAAGGAUAACUCUUUGGACGCCCCUGUGAAAUUAUGUGACUUUGGGUUUGCUAAAGUUGACCAAGGUGAUUUGAUGACACCCCAGUUUACCCCUUAUUAUGUAGCACCUCAGGUACUGGAAGCACAGAGAAGGCACCAGAAGGAGAAGUCUGGCAUCAUACCUACCUCGCCAACGCCCUACACUUACAACAAGAGCUGUGACUUGUGGUCCCUAGGGGUGAUCAUCUAUGUGAUGCUGUGUGGAUAUCCUCCCUUUUACUCCAAACACCACAGUCGGACCAUCCCAAAGGAUAUGCGGAGAAAGAUCAUGACAGGAAGUUUCGAGUUUCCAGAAGAAGAAUGGAGCCAGAUAUCAGAGAUGGCCAAAGAUGUUGUGAGGAAGCUCCUAAAGGUCAAACCAGAGGAAAGACUCACCAUUGAGGGAGUGCUGGACCAUCCCUGGCUCAACUCGACGGAGGCUCUGGAUAAUGUGCUGCCCUCUGCUCAGCUGAUGAUGGAUAAGGCAGUGGUUGCAGGGAUCCAGCAGGCUCAUGCUGAGCAGCUGGCCAACAUGAGGAUCCAGGACCUCAAGGUUAGCCUCAAACCCCUACACUCCGUGAACAACCCCAUCCUGAGAAAGAGGAAGUUACUAGGCACCAAGCCAAAGGAUGGUAUUUAUAUACACGACCAUGAGAAUGGAGCUGAGGAUUCAAAUGUUGCCUUGGAAAAGCUUCGAGAUGUCAUUGCCCAGUGUAUCCUCCCCCAGGCUGGUAAAGGAGAGAAUGAAGACGAGAGACUGAAUGAAGUAAUGCAGGAGGCUUGGGAGUACAACCGGGAGAGCAAGCUCCUGAGGGACGCCCUGCAGAGCUUCAGCUGGAACGGUCGUGGAUUCACAGAUAAAGUGGACCGACUGAAGCUGGCGGAGGUCGUGAAGCAAGUCAUCGAAGGACAGACGGGUCCCCAUGAGCCCCAGUAGUAAAAGCUUCAAACUGUUUUUAACAACCAGAAACAUGAUUCCUUAAUGUAAAAAGUAAUUUUUAUGUAAAUUAAUAAAUCAUAAUUUCAUUUC